GACAGCGAUAGAGAGAGUCAUUCUCUGAGUGCAGUCAGAGAGACCUCAGCACCUCCAGGCUCACAGACAGACCCUUCAAAGCGCAGGGCAGACAGGGAACAGCACACUGAAGAGAAGGUGACCAGGCAGCAGUUUCUGGAAGAUUUGACUCCCUGUACAAGCCACUCCCCCUGGUUGUGUGCACUGACGAUGUAUCUUGGCCGGCUCCCUCUGCUCCUGGCCGCUCUGCUGGCGUCGGGGGUUCUGUCCCAUGUUUUGGCGAGUGAAGGUCAGCGACAGGGGUACAGAAACGUCCAGGAGGAGGGGGGCCUGCUGGCUGUGCGAAUCCUGAGCCGGGGAGGGGUGCUGCUGCGCUCGCUGCUGGAUGGGGGGCUUCCCUCGGAGUGGCGUGCCAUGGAGCAUCGCUACCCCCAGAGGAAACGGGCUGCCCCCUCCCGCCCGGCCCGGAGUAGCCCCCACGGCACUCGCUUCUCCCUCUCCCUCGAUGUUCCCACCAGCAUCCUCAGCAUCCUGCUGGACCUCGCCAGGGCCAAGGACAUGAGAGCCAAGGCCGCCGCCAAUGCAGAGCUGAUGGCACGCAUCGGACGCAGGAAAUAACAAAGACUGAGAUAAACAGGGACUGAAUGGGACCGCUGAAACCAGACCCCCUGUAUCUGUAUCUGUUAUUUAGUUGCAGUGUUUGUCAUUCUCUACUCUGUUUCCCAAUGUGUAACUGUUAAUACAGAUUCGAUUCAUGUUAAAGAUGAGCUGAAAACAUCACUUCAGAUAGUCCCGGAUUUACUUUGAGUUCUUCCUUCCCUUUAAUGACUAGGGGUGUAACAAGGUAACGAUACAUAUCGCGAUACGCAGGUCGCGAUACGAUAUGUAUCACGAUACAUGUGUCGGACGCAUAAAAAGUAUAACUAUUUGCAACUGAAGACAAACAAUUAAAUGAGACAGGGGAGAGCAAGUAUUCAUACCACCUAUAAAAACACACAUAUUCUUCAUUCAAGGGCCACUGUAUAAAGAGCUAUAUUGUUUUUGGUCUUGCAUCACAAUACAAACGAUACACACCUCUCUUAAGAUACAGCUUGUAAAGAAAGUCUCAUGAUUUGAUCGUUAUACCACUAGUACUGACCAGACCCAAUUCCACUCAGUGUCCGGGACCCUGGUUCAAGGAGGCAGAGAUACAGUCUGAAGAUAUAACGCUGUUUGAUGUUGGGCCGGGGCAGUGUGCGGCACUGUAACACCACAUAGUGUCUGUAUAUUCUGUAAAUAUUGUCCUGUCCUUAUGGAGUGAUUGGCAGGUAAGAUGGGGAGAGACACAGACGAUUGAACAGUAAUAAACUAGAACUCAUCAUUUAUUCUACUCUCCAGUGGUGUGUUUUUGUCUUUAUGAUGAUGCAUUAGACUGGCUGGAAUCACAAAACAAAACGAUAUGUAUCCUCUCAGAAUGAAUUUCCCAAGCGCUUAAACUUUAACUUAUUUGGAAACUCUGUAACCAAUUAGAAAGCAAGUGUCAUUUUAAUUCCUCCAAUCGAGUUCUGUGGCUUAUUUUAUUGAACCAAUCAGAGCAGCAGUUUUGCCUAAAACAUAUACAUGCAGGGCCAGCCUUAGGCUGUGCAGGGCCCAGAACAUCGAAUAAAUGCAACAGUAGCAACCGUAUCUUAAAGUUAGUAUAUAGGUGCAUGACGUGUAAAACAUCUGUGUGUUAAUGGAAAAAGAAUAUAAAUACUGAAUGUGAAAAACAAACCCUUGCACUGCGAGUCAGCAUCUGUAUUCAACAUGCAGAAUUCAGGCAACGGUUAAACUUUUAAA